UUUGGUAGUUUGAUAAGUUGGUGCGCCGUUUUGAUCAACAAUUUUUGACAUAUGUCUAAAAAAUAGUUUUUUUGUUUACAAUAAUCGGUGUUGCGUGAAAAGUUGUAGUGCAUUAUUUAAUGCAAUUGAAUAAAUAUGAACAUGAAAAGUGAAUUGUGUGAAUAAACAAAUUGCCUUGAGUUACAAAAAAUGUGAAAAGAAUUACAACUUGAUUGCCAAUUACGAAAUCAUAAUUUUCGUUUUGUGGCUAAAUUUCUAAUUUACCAUCUUAUAUGAGUGAAUAAAUUUAUUUUUGAUUGUGUAUUCUGCACAAAAUUGUUUACUUCCUCUUUCAUAUUAUAUCCAUUAAAGUUAUUGUAGCGCUGAAAUGCGGAGGAGCAAGUACGUUUAAUGCACAUACGACCGCACUAUUCUGGGACUAAAAUAUUUAAUAUUUCGACAAAAAGUAUACAGGGUGUCUUUAAAAACACAUAAGGCAAGUAUCUAAUAGCAUCAUGUGUAGACAUUGGUGAAAUAACUUUACUUUAGAUAGUAAAAUCAAAAUUAAGAACAGCUUUUGCUUAUGACUUGAUUGAGUUGAUUAUAAUUCGAAGUCGGCAUGUUGAUAAAGGAGUAUAGAAUACCAUUGCCGCUAACGGUAGAGGAAUACCGCAUCGCGCAACUCUAUAUGAUUGCAAAAAAAAGUCGUGAGGAAAGUCACGGAGAAGGCAGUGGAGUUGAAAUUAUCAUCAAUGAGCCAUAUAAAGAUGGUCCAGGUGGUAAUGGACAAUACACUAGAAAGAUUUAUCAUGUUGGUAGUCAUUUACCAGGAUGGAUAAAAAGUUUAUUACCAAAAAGUGCUUUGACUGUGGAGGAGGAAGCAUGGAAUGCAUAUCCCUACACAAGAACGCGCUAUACUUGCCCAUUUGUUGAAAAAUUCUCAUUAGAUAUUGAAACCUAUUAUUAUCCAGAUAAUGGUUACCAAGAAAAUGUUUUUAAAUUAAGUGGAAGUGAUUUACGAAAUCGUGUCGUAGAUGUCAUCGAUAUAGUCAAGGAUCAAUUAUAUGGCGGUGAUUAUAUUAAAGAAGAAGAUCCAAAAUUAUUUUUAUCAAAAAAAACUAGUCGCGGUCCACUUAAUGAAGAUUGGUUGGAUGAAUAUUGGAAGGAAGUUAAGGGUAGGACACAGCCCACAAACCGAAAUAUGUCGCUUAUGUGUGCUUACAAAAUAUGCCGUGUAGAAUUCCGAUACUGGGGAAUGCAAACAAAACUGGAGAAGUUCAUACAUGAUGUUGCCCUACGUAAAACUAUGUUGCGUGCUCAUCGUCAGGCAUGGGCUUGGCAAGAUGAAUGGCAUGGCCUUACCAUUGAAGACAUACGUGAAAUUGAACGUCAAACCCAGCUUGCAUUGGCUAAAAAAAUGGGUGGAACUGAGGAUGAUAAUAGUGAAAUUGACCAUGAGAUUAAGAAAGAUGAAGAUAUUAAAGAACGAAAAAAGUCAGUAGGUGCACCACCACCUAUUUUAACACAAGAACCACCAAGUGCUGAAGCUAGUUCUGAAGAGGAGGAUGAAAAUGACGUGGACACCGCCAUGGCUAGGUCACGAUCCCAAAGUAUACAAAUGUCUAAAUCAAAAUUCGGUUCUAAAGGUGCUCUACAUUCACCAGUUGGAUCGGCGCAUAGUUUCGAUUUACAGCCGCAUGCAAAAUCUGUUCCACACAAAAACGUUGCAAAUUGGCGAAUGGAACGAUUAGAAGUCGACUCAAAAUCAAACUCUGAUGAAGAAUUCUUUGACUGCUUAGAUACUAACGAAACGAAUUCACUCGCUAAAUGGAGUUCACUUGAGUUACUAGGAGAAGGAGAUGACAGUCCACCUCCACAUGGGGGUAUUAAUAACAAAGAUAGACAAGAUGAUAGCAUAUUUAAUCAGGAAUUUCUUAUACGUGUCGCAUCGGAACGUGGCAAUAAGCGCCAAUUGCGCUCAUCGGCUAGUGUAGAUCGUAGUCAUGACUCUCCACCCGGUUCUCCAAGCACACCUUCUUGUCCCACCACAAUACUGAUAUUAGUAGUACACGCAGGUUGUGUACUCGACGCUACGAGUGAAUUGACAGCGAAGAAAUCAGAUGUUACAACAUUUCGAGGUGCAUUUGAAGCAGUUAUGCGUCAACAUUAUCCAAGCUUACUUGCUCACGUCACUAUUAAACUGGUUCCAUGUCCAUCUAUAUGCACUGACGCUCUAGGUAUAUUGUCAAGUUUGAGUCCCUAUUCGUUUGAUACUUCGCCAUCUGUUGCUGACGUACCAAAUGUAGCUGAUAUACCAAUAGGUGCAAUACCACUACUUUCCGUCACUUCACCUGAAUUUCAAGAAACAGUUAACAAAACUGUUGCUGCUGCUAACAUUGUCUAUCAUGAAUUUUUGAAGUCAGAAGAUGGACAUGGAUUUUCUGGACAAGUUGUAAUGUUAGGGGACUCUAUGGGCUCCCUAUUAGCCUAUGAAGCGUUGUGUCGUUCAAACGGUGGAAAUGCUGAAGGAAGUCGUUCAUCUCGCACUGAUGAUGAAGAGCGUUUUAAUGACUCGGAUCUUGAUGCGAAGCGUUUACUAGUCGCACCACCAACGCCUAGAAGACGAAGGUCUUCCUCUUCUAGUGACUCCAGAUCUACGAAAUUAGACUUUGAAGUUACUGAAUUCUUUAUGUUUGGUUCGCCAUUGUCUAUUGUUUUAGCAGCUAGAAAACUACAUGACCCCAAAGCAGCACUUGCUCGACCGAAUUGCAACCAGGUGUACAAUAUGUUUCAUCCUACCGACCCAACUGCUUCUCGCCUAGAAAGUUUGUUAAGUGCAAGAUUUUCUAUGCUUGCGCCAGUUAAUGUUCCACGCUAUGCCAAGUAUCCGCUAGGUAAUGGGCAGCCACUACAUCUAUUGGAAGUGAUACAAUCUCAUCCUCAACAUUUUAGUGAGAGCAAUAACUUAUUGGGAGGUAGACGUUUAUCAGAUGCUUCUAUGCAAAGCACUAUUUCAGGUUUAAUUGAGAAUGUAUCGCUAAGUACAAUCCAUUCACUUCAAACGAAAUGGUGGGGUACGAAGCGGCUCGAUUAUGCACUAUAUUGUCCAGAAGGAUUAAGUAAUUUUCCUGCACAUGCCCUGCCGCAUUUAUUCCAUGCCAGUUAUUGGGAAAGCGCAGAUGUUAUAGCAUUUAUUUUGCGCCAGAUUGGAAAAUUCGAGGGCAAUCUUUUUGUAGGUUCACCUGAUAAGGAUGCAGUUUCAUUUCAUCCCGGACAACCACGUGAAAAAUGGAUUAAGAAACGAACAUCAGUUAAACUUAAGAAUGUCGCAGCCAAUCACCGUGCAAAUGACGUAAUUGUACAAGAAGGUCGUGAACAACGUCUGAAUGCACGUUUUAUGUAUGGUCCACUAGAUAUGAUAACGUUACAUGGUGAGAAGGUUGAUAUACACAUAAUGAAAGAUCCACCAGUGGGUGAAUGGACGUUUUUAACAACUGAGGUAACUGAUAAAAAUGGUCGAAUUUCGUAUAGUAUUCCGGAUCAGCUUUCACUUGGUUAUGGCAUAUACCCAGUUAAGAUGGUAGUUCGUGGUGACCAUACUGGAGUCGACUGUUAUUUAGCAGUAGUACCACCAUUCACGGAAUGUGUUGUUUUUAGUAUAGACGGAUCAUUUACAGCAUCAAUGUCAGUAACAGGACGGGAUCCUAAAGUUCGUGCAGGAGCUGUUGAUGUCUGCCGACAUUGGCAGGAGUUGGGAUAUUUAUUAAUAUACAUAACUGGACGCCCUGAUAUGCAACAGCAGCGAGUUGUAUCCUGGCUGAGCCAACAUAAUUUCCCACAUGGGUUGAUCUCAUUUGCUGAUGGACUAUUAACUGAUCCAUUGGGCCACAAAGCUGCAUACUUAAAUAGUUUAGUGCAAAAUCAUGGAAUAUCCAUUGUAGCGGCUUAUGGCAGCAGUAAAGACAUUAAUGUCUAUACAAACGUUGGAUUAAGAUCAGAUCAAAUAUUCAUAGUAGGAAAGGUUACUAAAAAAUUACAACCAAGUGCAACAGUACUGAGUGAUGGCUACGCUGCGCAUUUAGCUGAAUUACAACAAGUUGGUUUUUCACGUCCCGCCAAAGGCAACGCACGUAUGGUUAUUCCUCGAGGAUGUUUCAAUUUACCAGGCCAGACUUCAAACCCAAGGCGUAGAAGCAAUGAAGGACAUUCAUCACCCAUACGGAGUGGUUUCCUAAAGCGCAAGACGUACCUCAGCCAUCAUUAGAAUGUUUAAAAAUCCAGCA